UACACAUAAUUUACGGCGCAGUCAGUGUAGGUUGAGCCGCCUGUGGUCCAUAGACAUUUGACAGCUUCACAGGUGAGACCAGAGACCACCGUCCAGAGGCUGCUCCACUCUGCUUUUUCCACUUCUUUCACUCCCCCGGAACUCCAUUCACUGUGAGCCUGGGGUUGCCACAGUCAAAAAACAACCUUUCGAAAUCUAACCAUUCCGGCAGCAUGAGCAAAAAGAAAAAGGACUGGAAGACUGAGAAAGAGAGACUGCUCCGUCUAGAUCGAGAGGAGAGGCGUAAGGAGUAUCGUCGUCAAGAUUUCAUCCCACUGGAGAAGAUACCCACCUGGAGGCAGGAGAAUAGCUCCAACGACAAUGAAGAGGGCACGGAAUUGACAGGCAGAGGAGGACUGAGUGACAAGGUGUCUCUCUACAAAGGAGACAUCACCGUCUUGGAGGUGGACGCCAUCGUCAACGCCGCAAACUCCAGUCUUCUGGGCGGAGGAGGAGUUGACGGCUGCAUACACAAAGCGGCUGGGUCCUGCCUCUACGACGAGUGUCACUCGCUAAACGGCUGCGAAACGGGCAAAGCCAAGAUCACCUGCGGCUUCGAUCUCCCCGCAAGAUAUGUGAUCCACACUGUGGGCCCAGUGGCCAGAGGUCAUGUGGGGCCGACCGAGAACAGUGACCUGACCUCCUGCUACCAGAACUCCCUCUGGCUGAUGAAGGAGAACGAUUUGAAAACUGUGGCCUUCCCAUGCAUAUCCACAGGCAUCUAUGGCUUUCCCAACGAGCCCGCAGCCGAAAUUGCUCUGACCACAGUGAAGAAAUGGAUCGAAGAGAACCCUGAUAAGAUCCAACGGGUCAUUUUCUGUGUCUUCCUUGAGACUGAUUUUGCCAUCUACAAGAAGAAAAUGUCUGUGAUUUUUCAAGACAAUGACAUGGAGGUUACAGAGGAGCCGCUGAAGGGAGAUGAUACACCUCCCUCUACAAAAUCCACAACCAAGGAAGAAAACGAAGACAGCAACAGAGGUAAAGAGGAAACAGGUGAUGAGGAAGACGUCGACAACGAUGCUGCCGGGGCAGAUGAAGAUGUGGAGAUGGCGAGCCAAAACCCAGAUGAGAAUUCAGCCAACGAGGAGCCGAAUCAGGAGCAAAAUAAGGACGAAAGCGAGAAGCAAGACAAAGGUGAAGACACAAGCAUUGGCAAUGACAAAGACACUGGAGAAGAAAAGGGAGUCAGCAGUGAUAAAGAUGAAGACAAAGCAGAGGAAGAGAAGCCUGCUGAGGAGAUGGAGAAUGACGACGCCACGGCAAAAUGCUCGGUGGAGAUGGAAGAUGUCACUGAGGUCAACGACACUGGCACCAGCAACGGAGAGGAGAUGAAGGAUCCUGUCGAGAGCUCAGAGCAACCUGAUUCAAUUGUAACUGACAGCAUUCAGUCCAAAGACCCCGUCGAGAAGAAAGAAUGACCAGCUGAGAGGACGACAAUCAGCCUCAUCUGACAGCCAGCAAACUGUGCGAAGGCCAACCCCACUGGUGUCAGACUGGCCCAUGUCAGUAUGGGCUCUGACACUGGACCAGGACAACCAGUCACUCACAUGACGCUCACAUUCCCAACCUUACUUAGCCUCCUCCCCUCUCUCUGUUUUAGAAACGAUUCAUCCCCGAAGUAUGUAUGUACUGUAUGUAUAUGUAUGUAUGUACAAAACCUUAUUAUAGGACUUGAACAUAUCAACCAGAAAAGAUGAGCCAUACCUCACUGUGUGUUAGUCAUCCAUCACUUCACCAGCUGGGUGCGAUGAGAUAAACCAGGUUCGAGUCUCUCUAUUGGAUAAACCCACUGUGAGAACAGGGUGAAGCUGUCGGAGGACAACAGCGUGUUUGACACGGCGGGCUGGAUGACGCUCCGCAUCAACCAUCCUGUUGUGCUUACGACUCAAAUACCGCCGCCACAAGUCACGGCGACAUUAAACAGAGGAAACCAGACAACACCCUGCAUUUGUAAGCCUCAACAAACUGACACCUGCCAUGUCCCCUCACACACACCGCUGCAGCCCCGGCCUCAUUGUUUAGUCAAAUCAGCCGCCGCCGCCGCCAUUCAGACCGUGGUCUGUACAGGCGAGGCGCCACUCCCAGGUCUCUCAUCUGUGAACGUCACAUUUCAUCCCCCGCCGCUGCUCCAGCAGCAGCUCCUCUAACCAGGAAUCUGCUCAUCAGCACCCAUGCACACAAACCAGGAUGUGAGUGUCGUUUAACAAAUUGAUUGUUUUUUUUCUUCCUUUUCCCCCGUGUUGUUUUUUUUCUCUUCUUCUUCUUCUUCUUUUUUUUUUUUUUUGCCAUAUCCAGUGCAUGCCAGAAAACUGCUGUGAACUUCACCAACAUACACAGGAAUUACAGCCCUCUUAGCUUUCGCUUGUCUCCUUCUUACCUGAUUGUCUAUAAUUGUAUCAAAGGAAUCUGCCUUAUUUCUUAUCAGACUACAAAAUCACAGAGCGGAGGAGGAGGCGGUCCAAGUAUGGAUUCUCGGUUGUGUACUGCUUGCAGAUGAUUUGUAUUUUUCAGUACAUCAUGUAAUGGCUAAUACCUGUUGUUAAUCAUUUUAUCUUUCUUUUAUUUGGUUGAUUUUAAAACUGGAUUGGGUUUCUUUGAACUGUGGGUAUGAUUCAUUGAUGAUUUUCGGUGGUGCCAUACUAAAGAUCGAAAGAAGAAGUUCUAUGAAAUGAUGCCUUCAUACUUUGAUGUUUGCUUUGCUAAACUAUAACAGAAACAACUAAUAAAAGUUUAAGAUGGAAGCCAUUUGUCAGCUUUUAA